AAAAGAGGUCGCUGCUGUUCUAACGUUUUUCUCUGAUCUGGGUAAAAGGAUGGCUUCUUGUGUCACCGUUUGUUGACGUCAUCAUGCUUGGACUUUCUUGGGUUGGAAAGCUUCGGAUUUGGAGGCCUGAAGUAUUAUUUUAUUGCUGUAAAAAUCCCUUUUUGUAAUUAGCUAAAUAAGUUUACAGUUGUAUGGGAGUGUUUCAUUAUCAAGUAUCUAUAUGCGGAACUUGUUCAAAUUGUUUAGAAGGGAGAAAACGACUGUGGCUUAAAGUGGAAUUUAUUUUUGAAGUUGUGAAGUAUCUAUAAAAAUGACAUCUAGAAGGUGGUUUCAUCCCAAUAUUACAGGAGUUGAAGCGGAAAACUUGCUGUUGACAAGAGGUGUUGAUGGAAGUUUUUUGGCACGGCCUAGUAAAAGUAAUCCAGGUGAUUUCACACUGUCUGUCAGGCGAAAUGCAGCUGUUACUCACAUCAAGAUUCAGAAUACAGGUGAUUACUACGAUUUAUACGGAGGGGAGAAGUUUGCUACUCUUGCAGAGCUGGUACAGUUUUACAUGGAACACCACGGACAGCUUAAAGAGAAGAAUGGUGAUGUGAUUGAACUGAAGUAUCCAUUGAAUUGUGCGGACCCCACAUCUGAAAGGUUGUUCAUUGUGCUUCUCAUUUAACAGCCUCUAAAUACAACUCGUAUUAAUGCUGCUGAAAUCGAAAGCCGUGUGAAGGAGCUAAGCAAAUUGGCAGAAACAACUGAUAAAGUUAAGCAAGGGUUUUGGGAGGAAUUUGAGACUCUGCAGCAGCAAGAAUGUAAGCUAUUGUAUAGCCGUAAAGAGGGACAGAGACCAGAAAACAAAAACAAGAAUAGAUAUAAAAAUAUUCUACCUUUUGAUCACACCCGAGUUGUUCUGCAUGACGGUGAUCCAAACGAGCCUGUUUCCGAUUAUAUCAAUGGAAAUACAGAGCGAACUGUUUGGCAGUAUCACUUUAAAACCUGGCCUGACCAUGGUGUGCCAGCAGACCCUGGUGGUGUAUUAGAUUUUUUGGAAGAGGUUCAUCUUAAGCAGGAAAACAUCUCUGAAGUUGGGCCUAUUGUUGUACAUUGCAGUGCUGGAAUUGGACGGACAGGAACUUUUAUUGUCAUUGAUAUUCUUAUAGAUAUCAUCAGAGAAAAGGGUGUGGACUGUGAUAUUGAUGUACCCAAAACAAUCCAGAUGGUGCGAUCUCAGCGCUCAGGAAUGGUACAGACAGAGGCACAGUACAGGUUUAUAUAUAUGGCAGUACAGCAUUAUAUUGAGACACUGCAACGAAGAAUUGAGGAGGAACAGAAGACGAAAAUGAAAGGCCGGGAAUACACUAACAUUAAGUACUCGCUAUCAGAUUUAACUGGGGAUCUGAGUCCUUUGCCUCCUGGUACUCCCACCUCAGCAUGUACAGAAAUGCGAGACGAUAGUGCUCGAGUUUAUGAAAAUGUGGGUGUAAUGCAGCAGCAGAAGAGCUUCAGAUGAGGAUACUUUUAAUUGCACUAGUCAUUUAAAAGGAAGACUAAGGUAAAGAAAGUAUGUAAGGAGUUGAAAGAAGUGGCACAAGAAGAUGGAAUGCAGAAGGCAUGUUACCUCUACAUGACAUUGACCCUUUGUUCACAUGCAGGAUGCUUAAAUCGGAACCAUCCCUUUCAUUUGACUGUCUUUCUGGAUUCGUGCAAAUUUCUGUGAGAUAAAGUCAUGAAAAAUCAUGUUUGCAGUUGGUACUUGAGCCACCACAUCUUGCUGCAUUAUUAUUCACCAGAAUGUCUACUUUACACAAUGAAAUUUCAAUUUCUAGUGAUUUACUUAUGCAAGUGAACAUUGCAUUUGAUAUAAAAAAAUGACAAUUAGUCCUGUGAUCAUGAUUGCAUUAGUACAGUUUGAAGCAGACAUAAUUAUUGGGUUCUCUGAACUUGAUAGUAGUACAGUUUGAAACAGAAACUGUGUAUUUAUUGGUUACUUGGAGAUAUCACUGAAAAGAAGGGGAUAAUCAUACCCUUGUUCAUAUUACACAUUGGUAGUUUGUUACAUACCUUUAGUAAAUAUGCUUACAGUGGCCACCGUUAUGCUAAGUUUUCAUGUAUUUUUGUUAGCUGUAACAGGAUUUUUUUGUGCAUUAGUAUAGCUGGGUUAGAUUGCACAUUAGGACAUGCAGUUGCCAGUAAUUUAUAUGCAGGGGUUUAAUUUAACAGUUAAUAUGUGCAAAAAGCAGUUACAGGCUGCCAUUGUGUAUGCCACUGCCUCUCUUUCUGCCUUGUUUGCAUCCUGAAGUAUUAUUUUAUUUCUUGCUUGCUUGAUUUUGAAAGACAGAGGUUUUUCUUUGCCCAGUAUUUCUUAAACCUUUUAAGACUUGUUCUAUAAGUAUUCAUUGUCAGUGAAACAGCAGAAUAUGAUGCUUGUGAUUAUGAAGAAUGUUAACUACCAUGUGAGAUGCAGGCCACUAUAUAGCCAUAUUAAGUGCAAGUCUGUGUCAAUCUUCUUAAGGUCUUUAGUAGAACUUGUUGCCAAAUUUGCAUUGCUCUACAAUAGUACUUGAAAAAGACCCAGAAGAUACCCCAAGAAUGUUCUGUUUCUUUAAAGGGCAGAUUACAGACAAAGGUUGUUGCCAUGCCUUUGUGAUGCUUAAAAUUACAACAUUCAUUAAUAAUUUUCCUAAGUGCCUUUCUUGCUCUCAUCCCUCUUUGGGAGGGAAGAGUAAUCCAUUACCUCCCAGUGUCACAAUAUUCAGCAAAAUGCCCUUUUACUCAGAACAGAGGACAUAAUGAAUGUAGAAAGUCUGGCCUGGCAUUUGUUUACACAUUUCUACCAGCUGUGAGGAGUGCUGAACCUCAGGAGUCUGGAGAGGGCUGUCCAUUAUCUUGCUGCAUAUUUUUCUGUUGUGAUCUUUCCAGAUAAAUGAUGCAGUGUUUAUUAUGUAAAAAUCAAGUCUCCUAGGCAAACAUGAAUGUUUUGAAAGGACACGAUAAUGAUGUAAUGCUGCCCAUCACUGUGCUCAUCUGAACUAAAUUCAGCCCCCUUUUUUGUCUUUUGGUACUAUUUUUUGUAAUGUAGCAGUUCUGAGCCACUAAUAAUCCUGAUGUGGGCAUAGUGAACAAGGUAGCCACUUGCACAAAAGCUGAGUAAGGGUACAGAUAGUUUUCUGGGCAUUUUAGGGGUGCAAGAAGUGAAUGUCCCUUAGGAUUGUCUUAUCUUACAAAGGUUUGACAUGCUUUCACAAUGUAUUUCAACCUAGUAAUUUUGGUUGGCAAUGCAGUUGGAUAUUCUUGGAAAACUGAGCAUGCUAGCAAGCUGAAAGACUGUGUUUGUUCCAGCACUUUUAGUAUCCACCUCUACAUUGCCUGACAUGGCUGGUGAAAAAGAAACGACCACCCCAGUUGUCAUUUAAUGUUUGUCUUCAUCAGCCUUGAUAUGCAGCUUUUUCAGGGGUGAGCUUGUACAUAUUUGAAGAAAGAAGAGGAGUGAAUCUUAAAGUUGAUGAUAGAGCUUGUAGGAGGUACGAGACUCAGAGUUGGCUUGCAGAAUUGAAGAACGAUUGCAUAUAGCAUGCGGACUGGCAGUGCAAUAUUUCUGUCAGCAGUUUUAAGAUGAGGCUUUUCUAAUGUCCUAGUAUGUAGUUUUAGUGAGGAAUUUAAGUAAAGCUAUGGCUUGUCGUCUUGCUUCAUGCAGUACUGUAUAGUAUUUUGAAUCACUGAACAAAUCUGUACAUUUUUGUCCUAUUAGUAAACCAGCAAAAGUGAAAAAUAUUAAAAUGUUUGCCUACAGUUCUUUAAGGCUGGGAAUAUAUUUUCAGAUUUAUUUUUUUUAAUCCUGUAUUUAGGAUGUGUUUAAUGAUUUAAGAUCCAGACCUUAAGCCAAAAAUGUCUAUAUAUUACUGUAACAGUUUAAGUAUUCAUUGUAUUAAUGAAUUGUUCUGGAAAACACUUCACACAGUAUGGAGUUUUUUCCCAGCUCUGUUGACAUAGGCUUCUGCUUAUUGCUGUGCAGUUUUAUUUUGCAGCUUAUAGGUGUUGCAAGCUAAAGCAGUUUGGCUCAUAUUGUAGCUUUUUCAGGUUUGAUUAUUUUGUUGACAGUUGAACCAGUAUGGCUCCAGACUUUAAAAUAUGCUGAUAUAACAUGGGGAGGUGCUAUUUUCAUUGUCCCGGUCUUCACAGUUUGGAUAUGCAAGUCAGUCAAGUUGGUGUACUGCUUUGCUUCAAAACACAGAAUGCCUGAGCAGUAUUUGAGCCAGAGCUGUAGAGAAGCCCAGGACUGGCUGCUGCGUUGUCUGUGCAGGCACUGUGCCUCCCUCAAUGCUGCUAGUAAGAUUGGUUUCAACCAAGCUACUGGUAAUAUCCCAGCUGCUAGCCACUGAGGGUUUUUUUCUUCCAUAUAAUUCAGUGGUAAAAUUUCAUAAGGGUGAUGGUUGAGCACAAAAACCUUUCUAAAUUUUCUUGUUUAUUGUUAAAGUAGAAGAAUCAAGUAUAGUAUUAUUUUAUGGCAAAGGAUUUAUGUGAUGUGUAUACUGAGAGUUCCUACAUUUUUAAAGUCUGUGUCCCUAUUAAAAAGCUUGUGUAUAUAUUUUUAUGGAUUUGUUCUUUUGGUCAAAUUUACCAGUUUGUUGACUGCAAAUGCAUCUGGACAUUUCAGUCAACCUAUAGGCAAAUUGAGCAGGAGCAGUGUUUGUUUGCAUGAUUGCAGAACAGUGGAGAGAUGGAUUUUUUCCAUCUUCUGCACUGCAUUUCAGUGUGGGGGUUGUGUUAAUUCUUAGGAGUGUGGGACGUGCUGUUUCUUGAAGUUGCAUGUUGAAUUCUCCAGUCUAGUAUGAGAUUAAAAUGAAUCGAUUGGUCAGAACUUGAUUGCUCCUAUAGAUGUGCCAUAUGAUCGUAUUUGUGCACAUGCCCCCCCCCCCCCCCUAAAAAUAGAUAACUCUGCUUUAUGGUAAGUUUUGCUGGCAUUACAAGGCCUCUCUGGAACAUUUUGUACAAUUGUUUCCCAACUUUAUUUGCUUUAAAUAAAUUUAAAUGGAUUGUAAUGUAGCCAGGUGAAAAUAUGUUUUACUUUUUUCAUUGCUUAUAAUUUCUGAACUUGCUUUACAAGCAACCCUAUUUUACUUUCACUUUGAAAACCAUAUAUCUGUAGUUAUGGUUCCAGCAUAUUCAAAUGUAAUACAAAAAGGAAAGUGGCAAGUAAAAGGCAAUAAAGUUAUUGAAGAAACAACACUCAGUCAUAGAAAACGGUUUUGGUUACAAGUUCGAGGACGGUAAGUGCACUCCUUGUAAUAAUUUAUGCGAUUAUAGUCAAUUAUGUACCAAACAACGUAUAGUUGCUGCAUGUCAGCAUACCACCUUUUCUGUGGUAAAAUGAUCUGGGAGUUGAUGAGUAGUGAGGCAUGAGGUUUAUAUAGGCUUGUCCUAG